UGCCGGUACGCUAGGGGGCUCCGUCUGCUGUCGCUGGGGCGGAGCGGCGGCCAUGGCCGCCCUGCUCACCCUCCUGCGAUGGCGCCGUCGCUUGGGCCCCGCGCCUGGUGCGCAGCCAGCUCGGCGGCUGUGGGCUGGCGGCGGGGCCGGGGCGGCGGGGCUGAAGCGGUGGCGGCGGGAGCUGGGCUUGGUGGCGGGGGGGGCUCUCGCCGGGUACGUGGGGUACCGGCUAUCCGACCGGCAGCGGGAGCCCUCCCGGGAGCCGGCAGCCGCCGGGCCGGGCGGGCCCCGGGCGCUGCUCCCCAUCCCCGUGGCGGCCGCUGCCAAGGAGACGGUUACAGAAAACAGAUCUGACCUUGAAGAUUUGGAGCUUUAUGCAACUCCUCGGGAGCAACGGUUUCGCAGGUUUGCCAGUUUAGAAUUUGAAGGACAGCUGUAUAUGACUCCAUACGACUUCAUUCAGGCUGUCACAAGUGAUGAGCCCAAACGUACUAAAAAGUGGCGAUCCCUUUCAAAGCAGGAGCUGAAUCAGAUCCUCAUGGAGACACCACCAGUUUGGAAAGGAUCAUCCAAACUUUUUCGUAAUCUUAAUGAGAAAGGUGUGAUAUCUUACACAGAAUAUUUAUUCCUCUUAUGUAUUUUAACAAAACCACAUGCAGGUUUUAGAAUUGCUUUCAACAUGUUCGAUACUGAUGGCAAUGAGAUGGUGGACAAAAAGGAAUUCUUAGUGCUACAAGAAAUUUUCAGGAAAAAAAAUGAAAAGAGAGAAAGAAAAGGAGAUGAAGAAAAACGUGCAAUGCUGCGUCUUCAGCUGUAUGGAUAUCAUACUUCUGCUAACAGUGUCCUUAAAACAGAAGGAGAGGACCUUGUUCCCAGAAGCUAUUGGGAUACUUUGAGACGUAGCACAAGCCAAGCACUCUUUUCGGACCUUGCGGAGCGUGCUGAUGAUAUUUCAAGUUCACUGUCAGAUACUACACUGCUUGUACACUUUUUUGGCAAGAAAGGAAAAGCUGAACUGAACUUUGAAGAUUUUUAUAGAUUUAUGGAUAACCUACAGACUGAAGUUCUAGAGAUAGAAUUCCUUUCCUACUCUAACGGGAUGAACACCAUUAGUGAGGAAGACUUUGCCCAUAUUCUUUUGAGGUAUACAAAUGUGGAAAAUACAUCAAGUUACCUGGAAAACAUGCGCUGCAGGAUUCCUGAAGAAAAGGGUAUCACAUUUGACGAGUUUAGAUCAUUUUUCCAAUUCUUGAACAACCUAGAAGACUUUACAAUUGCAAUGCAAAUGUAUAAUUUUGCAAGUCGUUCCAUAGGUCAGGAUGAAUUCAAACGUGCUGUGUAUGUAGCCACAGGUGUGAAGCUUUCGCCACAUUUGGUGAACACGGUGUUCAAGAUUUUUGAUGUUGACAGAGAUGACCAGUUGAGUUACAAAGAAUUUAUUGGCAUUAUGAAAGACAGACUCAAUCGAGGGUUUAGGGGCUACAAACCUAUACAGAGGUAUACUACUUUCAAAUCCUGCGUGAGGAAGGAACUCUAUAGCAGAUAAAUGACGGAGACUCCAAAAUAUGGUUGGAAGGAAUAUUACUCUUGUGUGAUGACUGUAACCAGUGAACACCUCAGAGAUCUGUGGAAGCAGUUUCGGAGACGAGAUAUGCUGAGAUAAAGGAAGAAAGAAGGAUUAUCUGCACUGGCUAGAACUAUUUAUCUCUAUGAAUUCCUAAUGAAGAACAAACUAACCCAGGUGAAUUGUGAAUCUUACAGCUGCAGUAGAAAACACAGGACUUCUUUUCCAGUUAGUGUAGUGAUUGUCAACUCUUACAACUGCUUUUCAGUAUGUAUUUUAUUUAAAUGAUGAACUAACCAUCACCUGAUUGGCAAAAAUCUUUUUCUUAAGAACACAUUUUGAAUAUUUUUUAUUAUUUUGAGAUAAAUUUGCAAUUUAAAAGAAAAAUAAGUUUUACACCUGGGUAGGCAAAUGUUGUGGCAAUGAAGAGAAACUGCAGCAGCUUAGACUGUGAAUUUUCUUUCAGAAGAGCACUAUUAAAAGUUUGUGCAAAAUUGGCAAUGAGAAGGCAUUAAGUAGCAUAACACUAUGUACGAGUUGAAUGGACAAAUUAAACUCUUAGAAGCUAUUAUUUAAAAAAAAGUAAAGCUGUUAUGGUUAUAAUGUGAAUGAUAGGUAUUUACCUAGGGAAGGUACUGUAUAGACUCUAAUGUUCAGAUUCUCCAAGUCUUACUAUUACGUUUAGUAACUUAUCCUUUUAAAAAAAUAGUAUAGAUUUUAAGAUGUCUUACGAGCAGUAUGUCAAAAGAUCAAAAUGUUCAAAUUCAUGUUAAGUAAUAUACACUUUGUAAUAUUUAUUAUAAAUUUUAUUGCCAUACAUAUAAAUUCACUGAUAUAUUUCUGGUAGAGUAAAACUUCAUGUGUUUCUUGUGAAUAGUGCACUUUUAUAUGAAGUGGCACUGAGUAGAAAUCAUAGCUGUCUAAUUUGCUACUCUGGAAUGCAAUGUCUGAAAAAUAGAUAAUAACUUGUGUUUGUGUCAAACAAAGCAAAACAAAACAUGAAUGCAUGCAACAGUACAGAGCAACACUAAGUAAUGUUAUUUGAAUAUUACACAUCAAAUAUUAGACACAAAUUCAGCUUUACAAAGGUUAUGGAGACUACAGGCAGUCAGUAGCCACUAUGCUCUUUCAUGCCCUGUAGGCUUAGAUGUUACUGAAACAGUGGUAAGGACACUGUUACAUUUGUUUUUCAUAUUCUCUAAAUUUUUUUUGCUAUCCAGCAGCAGUGUUUCUCCUUACUCCCUUUCAAGAUUAUUGAUAGGUGAUAUCAAUUAAACGCAAACAAACAUGAACACUAAUUUCUUACAUCCUUCUUGAAAAGGUUUGCUGGACAUUAAAUAAGUCUGUACCUAUUUAGAAACAAUCUGUGCCUUCAAAUAUUUCUAGCUGAAUACACACACACUAAAAUUAAUGUCAUUAAAUUGUUAUCAGAAAGGCAAAAAUUUGGUGGAGUCAGAUAAUUAAAAUACAACCAAAAUAAUGGUUUUAAAUCUUUUAUUACUCCAACAUGAAAACAAACUUUGCAAAAUUGUAUUUAGUGCACAUGUUGCUCAAAUACCACCUUAAUAUCACAUGUGAAUAGAAAUGAUGUAUAGCAUCUGUGCAAGUGCAGCUAAGUUUAGAAUUGCUUAAUUUAUAAUAAGAUUUACCUCUGCUAAAAAAUCAAAACAAAAUGAGAAGGAAGCUGGGUUUUAAGAAAUACCACACUGGGCAUUUUAGAAAAUAAAAAUUUGCUACAUGUGGCUUUUAUCUGAGAAAAAGCUGGUUCAGAAAGCAUUUGAAGGGUGCUACUUUCAUGUUUCAUGAUUGAUAGUUACUUACGAAAUUUCCACUUUGGCAUUAUUAAACUACUGACAACAAGAAAAUCAAAUAAAUCGGGAUAAAGGUUUUUGAAUUGAUACAACCAAACAUGGGUAAGCUGCAAUCCCUGUGUGAUGAUUUAGGGAAUCAACUGUAUUCAAUGUGUCGUUUUGGUACACAGAACUGUCUCACUGCUUCUUGUCAGCAUCUGCAAAACCCAGAUUGCUACUUCAGUGGUGAAGGACAAAAAAAUGGAAGUUAGGGAGUUAUUGAAGGGGUUCACGUCCUUCCUCUUCAUUCACUAGUGCCCAAGCACAGCAAUCCUCCCCUUGGAAGCAGCAGUACCAUCACCAUUUUGCCCCUCCACUGCCCUAAGCAAUAAUGCACUUUGCUUUUAUGGCUGGCUUGAGACAAUUUUACCAUUUUUAUAUGCAUUUCCUAACUACAGUCACUUAAUAUAAACUAGAAUGUGAAAGUGUCAGAUUAGUUUUUAAGAGUAUUUUUUCUCAUGUUUAAUAAGUUAUUUAAUAUAAAUAUGAAUAUAUGCAUAUAGUAUUCUUGUUUAUUUCAAAAUAAAUGCACUUGAAAUUAAUUUUCUUCGCAGUGUAUAUCAUUCAAAUUUUUUGUCAUAAAAAAAUUUCUUUGCAUAACAUGAAUGUGUAAGUGCUUUGAAUUAGAGUAUCUCAGCAUCAUAAAAAAAAAAAACCAGACUUGUUUGCUUCUUUUGGUUAUUUCUUUAGAUAGCUUUGCUUUUCUGCCAUGGAAUUCUGUAUAAAAAAGCUGUAAGUGCAAGGACAGACAGGUGAAAACAAGGCUGGGAGAUGGAAUAUGCCAUCUGCUAUAGAGGCACCCCUUGGAUAGGCAGCAGUCACUGUGCUCAAUGAAACCUUAUUCAAAAUCUGCCAAAUUCAUGGCAGCAGAGAUGAUGUGUAUGCUGCAACUAAAUUCUGUGAGAAGUUGUGUAAAUGAAGGGGGUUUUUUAAAACCAGUUCUUGUUCUCUUACCUGAGUUAAGAAAACUUUAAUAAUGUAAGAAGAUAUUCAGAGGUUCCUAUAGUUAUUUGAUUUCUUCUUUUCUACGUAAAUAUCGAGAUAAGGAUACAUUGAAAUAAAACAGGGGAAAAAAGGAGAGGAAUUUUUCACUUUGAUUCAGUAUUGCUUAAUAUUCUUUACAUAAUGAUGUCUUGCACUCCUGUCCCACCAAGGACACUUUCAAGACAGUUUAUAGCAAAAGAACUCCAGACUAAUCCUUGCAGAAGGAAAAUAAUCAGUCCAGAACCUCACUCUACAAAAAUUAAUCUGAAGCUAAUUUGUAGCAAUACCAAGUCUGAACUCCCCUUAAAAUCAAGCUAAAACUAGUAUAAGUAUUUUCUAAUAUGUGAGGUCUGAAUGUACAGUAUUUAUCCCUAUAUCUGAAAAUCCAUGAAAGCAUUUGGCACCCUGUACCUGUCAGCAGAUGGUGCCCUUGGAUAUCUUAUGUUCUUUUUCAUACACACACAAUUAAAUACAUGAGGGUGUGCUUUAAUCUUGAAUGAGUAAUGUGAAUUUUUACCACUAGUUUUGACUUAUAAAUUCCUCCCACAGAAGAACAUUAUUAUUAGCUAGGGGCAUUCCAUAAAAAUGUUAGUACCCGCUUGAAGAUUGUAAUGCAAAAUACCUAAUUUUGUAUAUAUAAACAUUCAUAGAA